CCCCCCCCCCAAAAAAAAAUCACUAAUCUAAAUUAAGUCAACCCCAAGAAACACAAACACCAUUAAUCUUAUUAAUUCACCUUAAUUACGUCAACCCUACAUUUUGUUUUUGUUUCUCCAAAACUUAUGCACCCCACGUUCUUUAGCUGCAGAAACAGAAAACUGCACUAAUCACCUCUGCUUCUUUUUCCCAAUCUCAACAAACUUUUCGAAGUCGAAAAACAAAAGUUCCAAAAAACCCUUUUCAUAUCUUCUAACAUCUCUCAAUCCCUCUCUGUUGGGAGAGAAGAAAAACAAACUAUCUCCCCUCAAAACCUCUCCUCCUUUCUCCCACACAACAACACCGUUGUUGUUGUUUGUUUCCCAAGAAAGGAAGGUGAAGAAAUAUUUCGAACUUUUUUAUUUCUUCUUCCCAAUAAUCUCAUCGGACUUUUAAGAUUGUUGCUGUAACUUUAGAUUGUAUAAUCUAAGGUCUUCGAGUUCCACAAUGGUCCGAGCUUUUACAUCCCAACAACAAACAAUGCAGAAGACAAGAUCUUUCCAGUUGAAACGAAUGUUUGAGAUUCCGAGACACCUUCAGAAUUCGACCUUUGAGAAUGGGCAGGACGGCGAGGGAGAUAGGGAUACCGCUCAGUUACUGAGUCCCAAGACUACACCAGAAGGCGGCCCGGUGGGGACACAAGGAAUGUGGGGACCUAAUCGCGAUAAGGGUGUAGCUUCCGGUGCAGAUGAAGGCGAAAAGAUGAAGAGUCCUAAAUCCAAGAGGCCUUCAGAUAUGGAAAUGAUGAAGGAAAGGUUCUCUAAGUUGCUUUUGGGGGAAGAUAUGUCGGGUGGUGGAAAGGGCGUCUCUUCGGCGUUGGCUUUAUCAAAUGCCAUAACCAAUCUAGCAGCAUCUGUUUUCGGAGAACAAAGGAAACUAGAGCCUAUGUCUUCGGAUGCAAAAGCACGGUGGAUGAAUGAAAUAGGCUGGCUUUUGUCUGUGACAGAUCAUAUCGUUGAAUUUGUCCCUUCGCAGCAGAAUGGAACAAACAUGGAGAUAAUGGUGACCCGGCAAAGAAAUGAUCUGCACAUGAACGUUCCUGCCCUGCGCAAGCUUGAUGCAAUGCUUGUUGGUCACCUGGAUAGCUUUGGAACCCCAAGUGAGUUCUGGUAUGUGAAAAAAGGUGCCCAAGAUUCUGAAAAGGAUAAUUCCCAGAGAAAUGAUGAGAAAUGGUGGAAACCCAAUGUUAAAGUUCCCCCCGAAGGGCUUUCAGAUGAAUGCCGAAGGUGGAUGCAAUCUCAGAAGGACGCUGUGAACCAAGUACUAAAAGCAGCGAUGGCCAUCAAUGCGCAAGUGCUAGCCGAAAUGGAUAUCCCCGAAAACUACAUUGAAUCCCUUCCCAAGAACGGUAGGGCUAGCCUCGGUGAUUCGAUCUAUAAGAGCAUAACAGUGGACCACUUUGGUCCUGUGGAGUUCUUUGACUCCAUGGACUUGUCCACAGAGCACAAAGUUCUCGACCUAAAAGACAGGAUCGAGGCCUCUAUUGUGAUUUGGAAGCAAAAGAUGAACCACAAGAGUGGAAAGUCUUCGUGGAGUUCAGCCGUAAGCUUCGAGAAGAGGGAGCUCUUUGAAGAGAGAGUAGAGACCAUCUUGCUCCUGUUGAAACAGAAAUUCCCAGGAAUCCCACAAUCUGCACUUGACAUAAGCAAAAUUCAAUUCAAUAUGGAUGUAGGGUACGCUAUCCUAGAGAGCUAUUCGAGGGUGAUCGAAAGCUUGGCCUUCAAAAUCAUGUCCAUGAUUGAAGAUGUGCUUUACGCUGAUACUCAAGCUCGAAAAUCAUUAUCAAACAUGACACAUUCAAUGGAUUCAAGGGAAGACGGAGACGCAACACCAACAAAGACACUGUUUGAGUUCAUGGGGUGGAAUGCUGAAACCGAAGAGAAUGACAUGGAGAAGGAUAGCUCGGCGGGCAACAAGGAGAGCUACUUCAAAGAAGACAGUGAAAAGAUUAUGAGCAAACCUCCUGCUAGCAUAAACACCAAGAGAUUUUCAUACUUGGAGAAGCUUGAGAAGUUGAGUGGUCUAAGAAGUCCAACGGCUCGGCAUUGAUCGGAAAAUAUUGAAGAAUGUAGAGAUGACAAAGGAGAGAGAGGGGCAGAUAGACAGAGAGAAAUACAGAAAUACUUCCUAGGAUGCUAACUUGUUAGUAUUUCUAAGUAGUGUGCUUGUGCUUCCAUCCUAUUGAAGGAUUGGGAAGUCUCUUGGAGUGUUUGUAAUUAGUAGGGUUUUGAUGCAUUUGAGAUUUGGGAAGUGCUUUUUCUGAUCUUUGCUGGUUUUUAGGAACAACAAUAAAUGUAUUCUAGUUUUUCUCAAA